AUGGUUUACGAGUCCAUACCUCGUACAGUUAGAAUACUUCUAUUAGGUGAACCUGGAGUUGGAAAAACGUCGCUGAUACUUUCUCUGGUAACCGAAGAGUUUACUGAACAUGUACCGCCAAAAGCUGAAGAGAUAACGAUUCCCGCAGAUGUAACCCCAGAACAAGUACCGACCAACAUUAUCGACAUUUGUCUUGCUGAACAAACACUAGAACAAGUGGGAGAAGAAAUAGAAAGAGCUCAUGUAAUAUGCAUAGUUUUCUCAGUAGACAGACAAGAAACACUCAACAAAAUUGCCUCAUAUUGGUUGCCCUUUGUAAGAGAAAACUGCCCCGAUGAUUACAGAAAGCCAGUUAUUCUCGUUGGCAACAAGAUUGAUUUAAUUGAUUAUUCCAUCAUUGAUAAUAUUUGGGACAUAGCAGAAGAGUACCCGGAAGUGGACAGAUGUAUAGAAUGCUCAGCAAAAUCUCUUAUAAAUGUAUCUGAGAUGUUCUAUAAUGCACAAAAAGCUGUCCUACAUCCGAUUAAUCCCAUAUACAAUAUUGAAGAACAAGAGUUAACAGAAAAAUGCAAAAGGGCUUUAACAAGGAUAUUCAAGAUCUGUGAUUUAGAUGGAGAUGGCCUGUUAGAUGACUACGAAGUGACAAUGUUUCAAAGAAAAUGCUUUGAUUCACCUCUGCAAUUACAGGUUUUAGAUGAGGUAAAAUCAGUAAUUGCUCAAAACAUUGCCGGUGGUAUAGAAAAUGAUUGUAUAACAAUAAAAGGUUUUAUUUUCUUACAUUGUUUAUUUAUACAAAGAGGAAGAAAUGAAACAACAUGGACAGUACUUCGUAAAUUUGGCUAUGAGGAGAACCUGGAAUUGACACACAGUUAUUUAUAUGCUAACAUUAAGGUUCCUGUGGGCUGCACAACUGAACUUUCAUACAAAGGACAACAGUUUUUAACACAGUUGUUUGAAAAAUAUGACUCUGACAAAGAUGGCAUGCUUAAUCCUACUGAACUGAAAAAUGUGUUUUCUUGCUGUCCAAGAAUACCAUGGCAUAAUUUGCGGUACACUGUGCCAACAAAUGAUAAGGGAUAUUUAACUUUACAAGGAUGGAUGUGUCGAUGGACCCUUAUGACCUUGAUGGACUUGCAAAAUACUAGUGCCUAUCUAGCUUACUUGGGCUUCAAUUUUCUAGAAAAUGAAACACAAAAAUCUGCUAUACACAUAACACGUGAAAAAAAAGUUGAUAUUGCCAAGAAACAAUCCAGUCGAAAUGUUUACCAGUGCCAUAUCAUCGGUCCAAGGUCGUGCGGAAAAACGUCUAUUUGUAGAAGCUUCCUCGGUAUAGCACAUAAGAAAAUAAAACCACACGCCAAUGAACGAGGUGACAGCAAUACUUCAGAUAAUUGUUGUAUAAAUACCGUUUUGGUGUAUGGUCAAGAGAAAUACUUAGUGCUAAAAGAAAUACCGAUAACUCGCGUCUCGGAUCCACUGCAACCUCAUGAAGUCAAUUGUGACGUUGCUUGUCUUGUAUAUGAUGUCGCUGCUAGCCGGUCAUUUGAAUAUAUCGCCAGGAUAUAUAUCAAAUAUUUUGCUGAGAGUCAUAUUCCCGUGUUAAUAGUGGGAACAAAGGGCGAUGCGCUAAUUGCAAGACAGGAGUACAUCCUUCAACCAGAUGUAUUUUGCAAUAAAUACCAACUUCUACCACCACAGCUGUUCAACAUUAGAGAAAAUAAACACGAUGUUUUCGUCAAACUAGCCACCAUGGCUGCAUUUCCUCAAUUUCAAGCAGCUUGGAUUUUAUUCAGCAAGCACAGACACUUGAAGCACUUUGCCAGCUUGUCAGGGGAUAAUUCAUCAUGGUGGAAGGCGGGCAUUGGAGUAGCUGCCGCUACGGUCGUGGGUCUUGUCCUCAUUAAGAUAUUCAGCUUCCAGAAACGUUAG